AUGGCUAGAUUCGCUUCACAGAUUUCCUCUGUUUUGUUGUUUCUGCUAUUUACAAGAUCAUUAAACAGGGUGAUGAGUUGCAAUGAAAAUGAUGAAAGGUUGCUUUUAAUCUUCAAACAAGGAGUGGUUGAUCCAGACAACAAACUCUCUUCUUGGACUUCUGAAGAAGAUUGCUGUUUAUGGGAGGUAGUUCACUGCGACAUCACCACUGGCAGAGCCACGGAGCUUUCUCUCUUCACUCAUUCAUUAGAAGAAAAAUUUUUUGCCGGUCUCUCAAGUUUAACAACAUUGGGCUUAAGUUCAAAUAGUUUCAAAUCUGACUUUGAUCCUAAAUGGGUACCAUCAUUUCAACUUGAGACAUUGUAUAUGGCUAACACAAGCAUAGGUCCUAAUGUUCCACCAUGGCUAUAUACACAACAGUCUUUAAGGGAACUAAAUAUUUCUGGAUCAGGGAUUUCAACAAUUGAUAAGGAUAUAUUUUGGAACUUUGUAGCAGGAAUAGAAUACGUUGAUAUCUCAAAUAACUUAAUUAGUGAUGACAUAUCCGGUGUCACACUAUCAGCAAAUGUCUCUUAUUUUUAUGCAUCUCACACCUCCUUAUCGGGAUCUGUUUUCUCAUUAUUGUGCCAAUUAGAGGGUAAUGGAGAAAGCAAGUUGGUUGAAUUGGACUUGUCAUAUAAUCAUUUGAGCGGAGCACUUCCCGAUUGUUGGACCAAUCGGAAAUCAUUGGAAUUCCUUAGUUUGGGGAGUAACAAGCUAAUAGGUAAAGUUCCUCCCUCCUUUGCUUCACUGGGACUUGAACAGUUAGAUUUGAGUGAUAAUAGUUUCUCUAGUGAAUUUUCAUCAAGCAUGCUUAAUUGGACAAAUUUGAGAUUCCUCAUUUUAGAGAAAAAUAAUUUUUCUGGAAGUUUGCCAAAUCCGUAUAUGGCACGAUCUUUGGAAGUUCUUAAAUUAAGGACCAACCAAUUUAUGGGUAAUAUUCCACCAGGAAUAUGCAUGCUCUCUUCUUUGCGGAUACUAGAGCUUGCUGAUAAUAAGCUUUUUGGAUCUAUACCUUCUUGCUUAUGCAACAUCACAAAUCCAAAUAACAUCAGCUCAUAUUUCGAUCUUCGUGAAAUGAUGCGCAUAUUUACUAAGGGAAGGGAGUUAGACUACCAAUUUGCUAGAUAUUUCAGAAGUAGUGUUAUUGAUCUUUCUGGUAAUAGCUUAUCUGGAGAAAUUCCUAAAGAAUUGUUUAGUAUCACUCUAAUGUGGUCAUUAAACUUGUCUCGAAACCAUUUGACUGGAAAGAUUCCUAAAGAAAUUGGAGCCCUGAAAAACUUAGAAUCUCUGGACCUUAGCCACAACAGACUUUCUGGAGAAAUUCCUUCUACCAUAUCUAAUUUGUCCUUUCUUGCUUGUUUGAAUCUCUCAUAUAACAAUCUCAUCGGACAAAUUCCAUUGGGAACCCAAAUUCAAGGUUUUGAUACCUGGAGUUUUGUUGGCAAUCAUGAACUUUGUGGAGAUCCUCUUCCAAAGAAGUGCAACAAAAAAGACGAAACUCAUGACGACUCAAAGCCACCUGAAGGAGAUGAAGACGAUGGCUUUCUGAAGUCAAUGUAUCUUGGUAUGGGGGUUGGAUUUGCGGCGGCCUUCUGGGGAAUUUGUGGUUCUCUCUUCCUUAUCAGAGCAUGGAGACACAGAUUUUUCCGAUGGUUUGAUCACUUGACAGAUCAACUUUAUGUUGCCUUCACCCUCUGGUUCAAAAGAUUCGGUUAA